CAGUCCUUGAAGGCAGCACUAUUGUUGGCUCUCCGUGCACUGUGAACGUAGCUUGCACAGACAGUCCUUCGCUCAUAGUAGAUGCUUGUCUCGCUGUAGUUUGUUUACCUCCGCUUGUUUUACUCUUGCCAGCUCAAUAAUGGAAGGGAAUGUUUGCAGCAUUCAGGUUCUCCUUUGGGCAGCCGAGUUCGUGGAGAGGAAAGGCCGAGAGGCUGAACAUGGAUAUGCUUCACCCCCGCCUCUCAGCCCCGGUAACUCGGAUAAAAGAAGCAAACAGAAGAACAAGAAGACUUCUGCUGCUGGCGGUAAAAGGACAGUUCACAACGAGCUGGAGAAAAACAGACGAGCUCAGCUGAGGCAGUGCUUGGAGCAGCUGAAGAAGCAGGUUCCUCUCUCCACCGACUCCAUGAGGAACACCACCCUGAACCUGCUGAGACAAGCUCAGCUUCACAUAAAGAAGCUGCAGGAGCAGGACGAGCGUGCCGAGCAGCUGAAGGACCGCCUUCGCUGGGAGCAGAGGGAGCUGCGGGUUCGGCUGGAGCAGCUCCAGAGGGGCACGGAGAGGAUGAGAAACAACAGCCAGGGGUCCACCAUGUCCUCCGAGAGGUCGGACUCAGACAGAGAAGACGUGGAGGUGGACGUGGAAAGCAUCGUGUUUGACUGCGCGGACUCUGACGGGCUGGGUAUUGCACACAUGGACGCGGACCACAGUUACUCCAGCUUGGACAGGUCCUGGCUAUGACCACCAUGACACGGAGUUUAGCCAGAGGGAGGGGAGGAAGAAAACAUUCCAAAAAAAACCGAGACGACAGAGGAUGAGGGAAGACGUGGAUACUGUAGACAACCGAACACUUUUGUUUUUUAUGGGACAGCUUUCUUUUGGGUGGGGUGGUGGGGGGUUUGUCCUUUCAAAAUAAGUUCAGGCUAAUAAUGUGUUCAAUUGCACUAAACUGGGACGGAUGUUACAGCAUGAAUAAGCAUUCCUCUGAUAAAGCAAUUAUGUAUUUUUGUUCCUAAAAGCCAUGAGGUGUUAGCCUGUCAUUUAGGAAUCCAGUUUUUAUCAAAACAAGGGCUUUAAUGCAAAUUUCCUUCAUGUCUCUGCUGAAUUCUUUCUGCCUUAAACCAGAUUUAAACUAACGUUCUACACUGCUUCUCCUUAGCACUAAGUCUAUAUUGCAGCAAUGUCACAUUUAUCAUGCACUUAAAACAUUAUUUCUGUUUUAUUUUCCUCUUCUUUUUUUGUCUCCUAUGUAAGUUCCCUUCAUGUAUUUAUAGCUCUUUUUCUUCUGUUGCACAUAACGUCCACCCGUUGCACUUGUUUUGUCAGAAGGACGAUGGGUAGGGCAAGAGAUGGGGUGGG